AAUGCCUCCCCUCCACAUACUGCUCGGGCUUCUCCUCUUGCUCACUCCUCCUCCUUGCUGCUCCUCUGCAGCUGCAAAUGGAGACAAGCUGCCGGCAGGCCAAGCUCUCGCUGUUGGCAGCAAACUCGUCUCCAGAAACGGCAAGUUCGCGCUCGGCUUCUUCCAGCCAGCAGCUGCUGCGGGCAGCAUCAGUAAGUCGCCCCACAAUGCCACCUCCCCGAGCUCAGGCUGGUACCUCGGCAUAUGGUUCAAUAAGAUCCCGGUUUUCACCACUGUGUGGGUCGCUAAUAGGGAAGAACCCGUCGUCCACCACAACCUCAAUCAAACACAGCUCAAGAUAGCAAGCGAUGGCAAUCUUGUCAUCGUACUAACCCAUGCCAGCAACACCGAGUCCGUAGUUUGGUCCACUCACAUCGUCAACAAUAUGACACAAGCCAGCAAAAAAAACACCACCACUACUAGUGUCGCCCUUCUCUUGAACAAUGGAAACCUUGCCCUCACAUCUGAACAGAAGGUGUUGUGGCAGAGCUUCGACUACCCAACAGAUGUAGUGCUUCCUGGCUCUAAGUUCGGCCGGAACAAGAUCACUAGUUUUAGCAGCCAACUCAUCUCAAAGAAGAGCCUCAUUGAUCCUGGUUUAGGGUCAUACAGUCUUGACCUAGAAGAUAUCAAGGGGUUCGUCCUCAAACGCCGCAAGAACCCAUCAAUAGUGUAUUGGCUUUAUGAAUCCUCCACAACAUCAGCAAUGAAUCUUUUGCCACUAGCCAAGGCACUGCUAGAUUUGAAUCCUCAGACCAAAGGUUUACUUAACAUAACAUAUGUUGAUAACAACCGAGAGGAGUACUACAUGGGCACUUUACGAGAUGAAUCCUCGGCUUCCAUGUUUGGCUUACUAGACAUCUCUGGUCAGAUAAAGCUGAAUCUUUGGUCGCAUGCCAGCCAGUCUUGGCAGACAAUAUAUGCCCAACCAGACAAUCCGUGUGAGCCACCUGCAACCUGUGGACCUUUCACGGUCUGUAGCAGCAAGCCACAUCCAUCCUGUGACUGCAUGGAGAGCUUCUCUCAGAAAUCACCACAUGAUUGGGAGUUUGAUGACCGAACAGGAGGAUGCACUAGAAAUACACCAUUACAUUGCACUAGUGACAAAAACAUGACAAGUUCAACAGACAUAUUCCACCCCAUUAAUCAAGUUCAACUUCCCUACAACCCACAAAGCAUAGUCGCUGCCACCACCCAAAGCAAAUGUGAAGAAGUUUGUCUCAGUUCCUGCUCAUGCACUGCUUAUUCCUAUAACAGUAGAAGAUGCUCUGUCUGGAAUGGGGAAUUACUUAGUGUAUUUCAGACUGAUGAUACUGGAGAACAUGUUCUUUACCUUCGUCUUGCCGCCAAAGAUUUGCGGCCAACUUUGAGAAACAACAAAAGAAAACCAACCAUUGGAGUUGUUGCUACUGCAAGCAUGAUUGGUUUUGGGUUAGUAAUGAUCAUGGUGUUCUUACUGAUUUGGAGGGACAAAUUCAAGUGGUGUGGUUUGUUGCCAAUUCACUAUGACCAUCAAGCUAGUGUUGGUGGGAUUAUAGCUUUUAGGUACACAGAUUUAGUUCGUGCUACUAAAAACUUCUCAGAAAAGCUAGGUGGAGGUGGUUUUGGUUCUGUAUACAAGGGAGUGUUAAGUGACUCAAAGACCACUAUAGCGGUGAAAAGACUUUAUGCUGCCCAUCAAGGAGAGAAGCAAUUCAGAGCUGAGGUGAGCUCAAUUGGGAUGAUCCAACACAUCAACCUAGUCAAACUGAUUGGUUUCUGUUGUGAAGGUGAUCACAGGUUGCUUGUGUAUGAACAUAUGUUAAAUGGGUCUCUUGAUGGUCAUCUAUUUAAGGUGAGCAAUCAUGAUGAUGAUGAUGCCCUAAAUUGGAGCACCAGAUACCAAAUAAUCCUUGGAAUUGCUAGAGGGUUAUCAUACUUGCAUCAAAGUUGCCACAAAUGCAUCAUACAUUGUGAUAUUAAGCCGGAGAACAUAUUGGUGGAUGGAUCAUUUGUUCCUAAAGUUGCAGACUUUGGGCUAGCAUCAUUUGUUGGAAGGGAUUUUAGCCGAAUCCUGACUUCAUUCAAAGGAACUACAGGUUAUCUUGCCCCGGAGUGGCUUACCGGAGUUGCUAUCACACCGAAAAUCGAUGUUUACAGCUUCGGCAUGGUUCUGCUGGAAAUCAUAUCAGGAAGGAGGAAUGCGUCACCUGAAACAUCAUACAACACUAGCAGCUGCAACAACAACAACACCCACCAACAUGUUGAAUAUUUCCCAGUCCAAGCCAUCAACAAGCUUCACAGCGACGAUGUGAAGAGUUUGGUGGAUCCACGGCUAAACGGUAACUUCAAUUUGGAAGAGGUUGAAAGGGUUUGCAAAAUUGCUUGUUGGUGCAUCCAAGAUAAUGAGUUUGAUCGGCCGAUGAUGGGUGAAGUGGUCCGGGUUCUAGAUGGUCUGCAAGAGAUUGAUGUGGCCCCAAUGCCAAGACUACUCGCAGCUAUAACGGAACAAUCUGGUGCUGCAACUUCUAUGUAAUAAUAAUUAUUGUCGAGAUCGCUAGUCUUUGUUGAUUUCAGCAAUUUCUUAAAGUUGUAAUGUGAAGAAUAAGGAAUAAAGGAAAGCAAGCUUGUAGUUGCUAAUUA